UUACUCGUUCCUUUUGCAGGUCCCAAAUGGACUGCCCGCAACGUCAAGGAUCCUCUGCCGCCAUUCGCCAUUGUCGCCGGCUACGAUUCUAACAGGGAUCCCAUCUAUGUGGCUCGCGCCAGUCACAAUGGCGAAAUGCUGCCUGCCAAGUUCAUUCCCAAUAAGAAACAGGCCUACGUCUCCUGGGGCGGUGAGGAGAUCAACAAGCACGAUUUUGAGAUCCUGACCGGUCAGGGGCACAGCUGGGUCCCCACCAGGGGCGGUAAGGUGCCACCCGGUGCUCUGCGCGCCGGCCAAACCUCCGAUGGCGAGACACUGUAUGUGGGACGCGCCUUCUUUGCCGGCAGUCUGACGCCCGGCAAGGUGCAUCCCUCCCAUGGCUGUCUGUACAUUCCGUAUGGCGGAGCUGAGAAGCGUCUGGAGGAUUAUGAGGUGCUCGCGAUACCAUAAAAAUGAACAGCAAUA